GUUCAGAACAUUAAGUGAAUGUGAGUCUGUGGCCAAUCCUAUUUUUUUUUUUUUCUAUUAUUUUUGGCAAAAAACAUAAACUUUGAAAAUCAUAAUCUCUUUCAUUACAUAAUAAAUUUAUAUUGAGAUAAAAAAAUAUCCAACUAAAAGUUGUAUUUACAGUGAUUAUAAUGGAAGACAAAAUUUUUCUUACUCGCAAGUGGAAUAAGGUUACCAAUGAACAUGUGUACUUCCCGUUCAAUAACAUCAACAUGUUUAGUGUAACAAUAGAUUUGAGGAAAAAUGGAGGAGUAAAUAAAGUUUCAACAGGAUUUGGAAUAACAAAGAUAAUUAAAUUUCGUUCCAAUCCUCAAGAUACGAUAAUACUUGAUCCAGCUAGUGAUUUUUGCCUGGAUGAAAUAUUCACGUAUGUGCCAAUAUGUGAAAGACCAAAACUUGCAUUGGUAUGCAAACAAUGGAAAAGAGUCCUUGCUGAUUCUUGGUUUAAAGUUAAAAAACUUGAAUUAAUUUAUUGGCGAUAUGAUGAGAAUCCAAAUUGUUUGGCUAAAUAUUCAACAAGUGAUGGAGGAUACAGUUUUUUAAAAUCACUGCUUAGUAAAUGUGGUCGUUAUUUAACAACAUUGGACUUGACAGCUUAUGGUAAUUGUAACAUAGUGCCAGUUAUUAAUGGAUUGUGUCCAAACCUCGUAUCACUUCGUUUAAGAUUCACCAACAUGGACCAAGUAAUAUUAGCCAAUUCAUUUACACGUCUAUCUAAACUGCAAUCAUUAACAAUUAUAUUUCAAAAUAUAGAAACUUUUCUAUUGUUACCUACUGUUGCUUUAAUCAAUUCAUUGAGAAACGUUGCUAAUACAUUGACUGAUUUAAAUCUCUUGCAUUGGAUUGAUGAAGUAAGACCAACCCCUGAUCUUACAAAACUACUCAAUGAUUUGAUUCGUGACUUGAAAGCUCUGAAAAGGAUGGAAGUUGCUGGUAUAGGAAAUUCUUUAAAUGAUAUAUGGAAUUAUCUGGCAGACAAUGGAAUUGUAUAUUCUAACCAUACUGUAUACCUUAUACAUACUCUUUCUAUAUCAGGUCCAUUCAUAAAUACCAAGAUAUUGAAACUGAUGGAAUGCCCAGUAAGAGAUGAUACAUUGUAUACUAUUGCCAAUACUUUCAAGCACUUGGAAGUAUUACAUAUAAAUACUAACUGGGUAACCGAUAUUGGUGUAGUAGCAAUUUCAAAGAUGAAUAGUUUACAAAAUCUGUAUUUUAAAGGCAAUACUAAAAUCACUGAUUCUUCAGUCAAACUGCUGAAAAACCUGAUAAAAUUAGGCUUACCACGCAGCAAUAAAAUUACUGAUGAUUCAGUUUUAACAGUUCUUGAAAAUUCACCAAAGAUGGAUGUGCUAACUGUUAUCAGCGAAAAUGUGACUGUUGAGUUAGUCAAAAAAGCAGCAGCAAUAUCAAAAAAGCGAGAAAUACGUUUCAUCUUAUGCGUUGAAUUUAUGCCAGAUUUACAACAAUAUGAAUCACCAGAUUUUGAAUUGCGUAUAUAUCAAGAAAUAAAUGGAAAAGUAAUGGUACAUAUCGGUACAAGUGCCUACGCAAAAGCACAAAUCUCAUAAUCGCGGGUUUUCUCAUUUGGCACUGGUGUCGAAAUUUACUAUUUACAUUUUGAAAUAUAACACGAAAUACCAUUAAUUAAAUAUAAUAAUCAUAGAUUAAGAAAAAAAAAAUCAAUUGCAUAACUCUAUGGUUCUAUAAUUUUAUGAUAAGCCUUAUCAAUUUUCAAAAAUUUAUAUUUAUAUAUUUAUAUAUUUUGAAAAUAAUUUAAAAUAAAGAAAAUUAAAUAAUUGACAAAUAGUUUUUGUAUUCAUAACAACUGUUUGCAAUUAAAAAAAAAAAAAUAGACCUAGAAAUAAUAUUGUACUUGAUAAAAUUUGAAUUAAAAAUAAAAGUAAAUAAAUAAUAAUAAAAAAGUU